CAAGAUUAAUAUCAAUAGCUCUGGCGUGUUUCGAAGGAGACCCCGCUGUACGUACGGCGGCUCGUGAGUGUUUACAUCUAGAUGUCUGGGAGAGGUAGAGCAAGGGGACGCGCCCGAGGCGCUCCCCAAACGCAGCCAGUGGCGGAACCAGCCAGAAGACCCGGCGAGGCGGUCGAGGGUGCCACAACUCAAGCACCAGGCAGAGGCCGUGCACGUGGAAGAGGACGCGCAGCCGAGCCACUACCGACCACUCCUGCUCCUGCAAGUGCCGUGCCCGUUGCUGCAUCGAAAGCCGAACCACCAACCCAGCAGCUCGGUCAGAUGUCUCUCUCUGCUGCUCGCAGCUUUCCUCCCGCCAAAGGUGGCAGCGGCAGCGGCAGCGGCGGUGGCGGUGGACGCAGGGAGGACAGAAGGAGUCGGAGAGACGAGCAGGACUACAACCCGAUCAACACGCGUCCGGUCGACCGAGAAAACAAGCAAGGACUGACGGGAGAGCAGAUAGACAUCGUGGCCAACUACUUCGCGCUGAGAACUCUCCCGGAGUGGAGAAUUUAUCAACACAUGGUCGAGUUCUCUCCCGACAUUCCGAUGAUUCGAAUGCGUCGCGGAAUGAUAAGAGAGCACGACGACGUCCUGGGAAAGACGGUGGCGUUCGACGGCACGAUUCUCUACCUCACCAAACGCUUGCCGGAAGAAUCCGUUACUCUGACGUCCAAGAAGGUAACGGACGGUUCAAUGGUUACUAUAACUAUCAAGCGGACGAGCGAGCUGCCCCCGUCGUCUCCUCAGUGUCUACAAAUGUUUAAUGUUAUCUUCCGCAGGAUACUGGCGAAGGUGGGCAUGCAGCAGAUUCAGCGUCACUACUUUUCUGCGAACGAGUCGGAGAGAGCGACGUUGGCGGCUCACAGGCUUGAGAUUUGGCCAGGUUUUGCCACCUCUAUUCUGCAGUAUGAGAAAAGAGUGAUGUUAUGUGCAGAUGUCGUACAUAAAGUGCUUCGUACCGAGACUGUACUGGAUGUUAUCGCCGACAUUAGCAGAAGUAAUCCUCCCAACUUUCGUGAUGUUGUUUCAAAGAAGCUGGUCGGCUCUGUUGUAAUGACACGGUACAACAACAAGACUUAUCGUGUUGAUGACAUCGAUUGGGAUACAAAACCGACCAACAAGUUCAAGCUGUCGAGAGGGGAAGAAAUUUCGUACAAUGAGUACUACUUCAAGCAAUAUCACAAGACUCUGACAGACAUGAACCAACCUAUGCUGGUGUCAAAGCCAUCCAAGAGGGAAAGUCGUGGAACAACUGCUAUUGACAGAUUAAACCUUGUGCCUGAACUGUGCACUAUGACUGGUCUAAGUGUUGAGAUGCGUGAAAACUUCAACCUGAUGAAAGAUAUGGGACAACAUACCCGUGUUGCUCCUCAAGACAGAUGCAAACACUUGCAAGAGCUGAUGAACAAGAUCAAACACAAUGAUGAAGUCAAACAAGAACUAGAUGGAUUUGGAUUGGACUUUGAAGGCUCACUAAUGACGUUCAAAGGCAGAGCUUUGCCACCAGAGAAGAUCUUAACCUUUGAUCGUAGUUCGACCUAUAGAAUGGGAGAACCUGACUGGACGCGAAGUCUUCGUGAUGCAAAGUUGUUGUCUUCUCCAGCCAUUGACGACUGGUUGCUGCUGUUUACACGUCGAGAUGCACAGAAGGCACAAGAUUUUGCCAAGACACUGCAACGUGUUGCUACCCCAAUGGCCAUACGAAUGACACCACCAAUGAUGGUCACUCUAGAUAAUGAUCGAACUGAAUCUUAUGUUCAUGCUAUACGACAAAACUUGACUCACAAUACUAAGCUGGUGGUUACAUUGCUGACAACCAACAGGAAGGACCGAUAUGAUGCCAUCAAGAAGGUGUGCUGUGUAGAGAACCCUGUGCCAUCUCAGGUUGUCGUGGCCAGGACUAUCUCAAAGCCACAGAUGUUGAUGAGCGUUUGCACAAAAAUUGCAAUUCAACUAAACUGCAAGUUAGGUGGUGAAGUUUGGGCUGUGGAGAUUCCGUUGAAGAACACUAUGGUUGUUGGAUUUGAUACAUACCAUGACUCUGUGAACAAGGGCCAGUCUGUGGGUGGAUUUGUUGCAUCAAUGAAUCCGUCAUUCACCAGGUAUCACUCCAGGUGUACGUUUCAUCAGUCUGGUCAAGAGUUGUUUGAUCAGCUGGGAACUUGCAUGACUUCUUGCUUGAAGAAUUAUGAAAAAAUCAACGGCGUUCUUCCUUCCAAGAUCAUUUUUUACAGGGAUGGAGUAGGAGAGGGCCAGUUGAAUGUGGUGAAGGAAUUUGAAGUUGCUCAAAUCAACACAUGCAUCAAGAGAAUCUAUGAGGAACGCAGGGGAGCUGAAGAAGACCCGAAGAAGAUUCCAUUUCCACAAGUUACUUUUAUUGUUGUCACUAAACGGAUCAACACUCGCCUGAUGAUGAGGAGUCCUGAUGGUAGCUUGAGGAAUCCAUAUGCUGGGACUGUUGUUGACCAUGAGGUGACCAAGCCAGAGAAGUUUGACUUCUUUUUGGUGUCACAAAGUGUUCGCCAAGGGACAGUGUCACCAACCUAUUAUAAUAUCAUUUAUGAGUCGUCAUCUAGUUUGAAGGCUGAUCACAUCCAAAGGCUAACAUACAAGCUGACUCAUCUGUAUUACAACUGGCCGGGAACCAUUAGAGUACCAGCACCGUGUCAGUAUGCGCAUAAGCUUGCUUUCUUAGUUGGUCAGUCUAUUCACAAACCUCCAUCUCUUGAGCUGUCAGACAGGCUGUUUUUCUUGUGAGCUGACUACAAGUCAGAAACUCUAUUCUUAGAUGUGAGAUCAGACUCUACUACGUUCCUUUUUGAUUGAAAGUUAAGGUGGCUGUUCUAGUUCACAAUGGUGAUAAUUAGAAAGGUGUUGAGUUAUGCUGAGUUGAGUUAAGCUCAGUUGAGUUGAGUUAUGCUGUUUUAUCAUUCUUUAUGUCAAUUGCUUCUUGCACUAGAGGCUUUUGCUGGAGUAUCAGCCAAACUGUAUGCAACCUUGUGUUGUGUAUUUUCUGUAAUAAAUAUAGCCUCUAGAAAUCUAAUGGA